ACUGCAAAAACCUAUGCAAACUCUUCAGCUCUCCAUUCCCAUUUUCUUGCUCUUCACUGCUCAAGACUGUAUAUACAAUUUUCCGAUCGAAUCUUCACCGGAGCAUCGCCGGCGUCGAGAAAUGAUUCGGACCUGAGUUUCGGAGAAAGAACCGACGGGAUCGUACUUAGCUUGUUCUUCGUUAGAAUAUCUGGAAUGUUUACAGACGAGACGGACGCAGAGCUCCCAAUGUUGUUCGAUAUGCGAACGGUUGAGAAGGAAAUGGAUAGUGAGAAUCUGCUGCACAGGAGCUAUACGGAGGAUCUUGAUCCUAAUUCAGAAACCGUCUCGUUUUCGAGUUCCGAACCUAAUAAUGAUGGUGAAUGUUCUCCCAUCUCCAAGAAUUUUGUUUCACCUGUUCCACCGCGGAAGAUCAAAACGGAGGAUUUUAUGGAUUCAGAAAAUGAAAAAUCUGAUUAUGACUGGCUCCUCACACCACCUGGGACCUCAAUCUUUCCAUCAAUGGAGACAGAAUCACAGAAAAAUGCAACAAAUAGGAAUGAUAUGCUGAAUUCUCGUUCCACUGCUCUGAAACCUAAGCUAGUAAACAUCCAGGAAGAGUCUAACUCAAUGAGUAAUAUAGCAUCCAAGCAUCCGAAUUUUCAAUCUGGACAACUGAAUUCUUCAUGUGCUAGCAAUAAAAAAACAUCAUCAAAGGCUUCUGCAGCUACUGCCUCCAGAUCUGCGACACCAACUUCACGGCCAACAUUAACUAAAAGUACAAAGCCUUCAAGAUCAUCCACGCUAACUUCACGAGUCAACGCUAAAGCUUCAGCGCCUCUGGUGAGGUCUUCAACGCCUGCAAAAACCACUGCUCGGUCAUCAACACCAACUGAAAGAUCCAUGGGAACUACAAAGCAAACAUCUAGAUCAGCAACGCCUAAUUGCUGUCCAUCAAAGCCAACAUGUUCGUCUAGUGUAUCACAUCCCAAUGGUCGAUCAUCUUCGACCUCGAAGUUUAAUGCUAGAAGUUCUAGUAAUCCAAGACCUUCUCGGGGGCCCUUUCCAUCCAUUAAAACCAGACCUUCAAAGCCCUCUGAGGUGCCAAAUUUUUCACUUGAUGAAGCUGGGCCAGCUUCAGCCACCAAGGGAAGGCCUGUAGCAGUGAGUAGUGCUAAAUCAUUAUCCGGCAGGACUAUGUCUAAUGGGAAAACUAGGCAGAAACCAAGCUCUCCUACGAAGCAACUUGGCUCAAACAGUGGUAAAGUAUUUCCAUUCAAGCAAAGAAUACGUUCCUCUGAUGAUAAUGAGGUUAGCCCUGUGGUCAUGGGGACAAAGAUGGUUGAAAGGGUAGUCAACAUGAGAAAGCUUGCCCGUCCAAAGCAAGACGACUACCGCCCGAGCAGCGGUGAUCCCACCAGCAAGUCCUCUGCUGACAUCUCUGGCUUCGGAAGGACACUUUCAAACAAAUCACUGGAUAUGGCAAUGAGGCACAUGGAUAUAACACGAAGCAUUUCGAGUAAAGUACGGCCAGUGAAUACAAAAGCUCAGUCUUCCUCCAUGGACAAUGGCAAUUCAAGGUCUGCAAAAGUUGGAACGAUCGGAAUUUCAGACUCUCCCCUUGCUACUAGCAGCAAUGGCAAGUCUGCACCAAGCGUAUGGAGUAGUUCCAUUCGUCUAGAUGGCAGUGAGACCGAAGAUAAUGACCUUGCCAUGGAGAUAUUAUCGUCCUAGGGAGUUCCUUCUCUUCUGGCUAGCUAGCAAUGUAAACAUUACGAGUGAUUUGAAAACCUCAGUGAAUAGGAGUUGGAACCCUUUGAAUAAUUAGGUUCGACAUAGAUAAGGUCAAAGCUCUCGAAACAAAAAACAAGUUUCUUGGCCAAAGAUUCGAAUCUCCAUGAAGAUAGGAUUAUCAAUCUUGCUUGAAUGUUCUUGGCAUGUAACUCUAAGAUAUGACUUGCAAAUUAGGAUCAAGAAGCUCUUUUGGCUAAACUUGAAAGAAAAAGUGCAAAGGCUAAAACUAAUUCAUC